AUGGCCGCCGCCCCGCCGCCGAUGACCUCACCAACGCCGCCUCUGCUCGGCCAGAGUUACCACGCCGAGUGCGAGGCCGCGGUGAACCUGCAGAUUCAGCUGCAGCUCUACGCCUCCUAUGUCUACCUGUCCAUGGCCAUGUACUGCGGCCGCCUGGACGUGGCCCUCAAGUCCCUGUCGGGCUUUUUCCUGCGCCGCUCGCACCAGUGGAGGCAGCUGGCCGAGAAGCUCAUGUGGAUGCUGAACGAGCGCGGCGGAAGCGUGGCCCUUCGCGACAUCGCCAAGCCGGACAGAGACGACUGGCACGGCAGCGCCCAGGCCGUGGAGUGCGCCUACCACCUGGAGGACACCCUGUACCGCAGCCUGCAGGAGCUGCACCGCCUGGCCGCCGGCCGUGGGGACCCCAGCCUGUGCGACUUCCUGGUGCGCACCUACCUGCAGCCGCAGGUCCUGGUGCUGAGGGAGCUGAGCUGCUACCUCAGCAACCUGCGCAGGGUCGGGCCCCGGCGGGACGGCCUGCUCGACGUCCUCUUCGGCAAGCUCAGCCUGGACGACGGGGGCAAGGAGGACAAGGACGGCUGA